UCACUGCCAGUCUCCAAACCUGCUACCCCUCGGGAUGUACAACCUGCUACCCCUCAGGCUAUAUUAACAGCGCAACUGGGAGACGAGGACAUCACAAGGGUAGUGGAAAUGAAGUCCACUAGCCAAAAGCCUAGCCCUCAUCAGAUGGAUAAGGAACCAGGAGCAGUUAAGAGGCUGUUACGUUCUUGGGAUAGCCUAGAGAUGAGAGGAGGUACCUUGUGCUAUCGGCUAGACCGGGUAGAGCCAGAGUACCUGGAGGUUUUGCCCAAGUCGAUGAGGUGGCAGGUUUUACAUAAUUCUGCAAAUUGCAUGCAACAUUGAGGGGUUUCGAGAGAUCCUACAGAUGGCACGACUUAUUUAUUUUUGGCCUUGAUUUUUGUAAUGUUGAUUCCUUUUUUGUUAUUUUUGCUGUAAUUUCAUUUUCGUUUGCAUUGGCGUAAUUUUAACAUUGUUGAGGACAACAAUGGGUUUAAGUAGUGGCGAGUGUGGCAGGUGUAGAAAGACCCUGUGUUGAUGUUAGAGUUAAUUGCCCUUCCACUGUUUACAUUUCCCCUUUAAGCUCUUCCAGCACCCCCUUAGUUAAUUUCUUAGGAAUCCCGUGUAAUAAACAAUGAACCCUCUUACAUAAUCCUUGGUAGUGUGGUUGGUCACCUCUAUAAUGUACAUGUUCUUCAGUUAGCAGACUGGCAGUGCAAGGGGAACACCCACACUUGUUCUCCCUUCCCAAGCUUUGAUUUUUACUCUAUAAGUUUUGCCUGCUUCAAGACCUUACUGCUAUAUGGACUCGGUUUGAAAGCCAUUUUGAUUUUAAUCUGUAACUUUCUUUGGCACUGUGUUUUUAAUUGUUUCAAUUCUGGGUUUCGUUUAAUAGUUUUACUGUGUGUUGGUCUUGGUUAAGGUUACACUGGUUUGGCUUUUGGUCAUUGCUUUAGUAUCAAUAAAGUUAUUUUUCUUAUUUUUGUUUAUUGAGGAAACCUACAUUUUGAGUCACUGUUCCACUUCUUGCAUUUCCUCGCGUCUUUACCCUAUUCGAUCAUUAGAUUAAUUGAGUUUUCUUAAGUGAGUUCCCCCAGCGUUUAGUUUUAUUUAGUUUAGUCGAGCGGUCCAUUUUUCCCGAUUACAUUUUUGGUGGAGAAUCCGGGUAGGGUUUAUGUUCUUUUAGAACUUAGCCAGGUUGUGUCAGAAGUAGGGACAGUCAUUAGUUUUCAGUCAAACCCAGUGCCAGAGUUUGGAAGCAUUUUAACUUCACUAUGGUUGAAGGGCCGAGUCCAAUCAUUUUGCCUGAUGGGACGCCAUAUGUCUCCCCACCCCCAGGAUUUGGUUGGGAUGAGGACGUCCUCCAACCAGAAAUCGAGCCCAUUUCGACCGCGCUUCCGAUAUGUAGGUUUGACACAUCGUCAGAGGAGGGAACAUCCCAUCUGAUGGAGAAACCCGGUAAUCCAAGCCUGCUUGUAACAGUGAAGGGUCUCCUUGAAGAGAUUGUCUCACAGCAGCGACAACAAGGAGAACUGUUGCGGAAAUUGCAGAUGCAAAUGGAUGGUCAUCAGCGCCAGAGGAAGAGUUCUGCUUGGAGCAGUAAAUAUCCCAGAAGUUGCCAGGGGCAAUGGCGAGAGUUUCAUGGCCAGUCCAAACCGACAACAGUGUACUACAGCCCUUCAUCUUUUAAGAAGCAGGAAGAGCCAACUCCAGAGGUGGGAAAGUCACCCCAACCUGCUACCCCUCGGGAUGUACAACCUGCUACCCCUCAGGCUAUACUAAUAGCGCAACUGGGAGACGAGGACAACACAAGGGUAGUGGAAAUGAAGUCCACUAGCCAAAAGCCUAGCCCUCAUCAGAUGGAUAAGGAACCAGGAGCAGUUAAGAGGCUGUUACGUUCUUGGGAUAGCCUAGAGAUGAGAGGAGGUACCUUGUGCUAUCGGCUAGACCGGGUAGAGCCAGAGUACCUGGAGUAUUUAACAGGUUUGAAAGCCAUUUUGAUUUUAAUCUGUAACUUUCUUUGGCACUGUGUUUUUAAUUGUUUCAAUUCUGGGUUUCGUUUAAUAGUUUUACUGUGUGUUGGUCUUGGUUAAGGUUACACUGGUUUGGCUUUUGGUCAUUGCUUUAGUAUCAAUAAAGUUAUUUUUCUUAUUUUUGUUUAUUAAGGAAACCUACAUUUUGAGUCACUGUUCCACUUCUUGCAUUUCCUCGCGUCUUUACCCUAUUCGAUCAUUAGAUUAAUUGAGUUUUCUUAAGUGAGUUCCCCCAGCGUUUAGUUUUAUUUAGUUUAGUCGAGCGGUCCAUUUUUCCCGUUUACAAA